AUGUAUACACUAAGAGAAACAAUUUUUGCUGUAUUCCACGAAAACAUUCAUCCGAAAAGAAUUGCACUGAUUUUUAUCAAUGUAUUUGCGAUUUAUUUUUGUAGAGUUUUUCGUGUUUUAGUGAAUAAAUUAAAUAAACAAUUGCUUAGCAUCAAACUGUGAUAGUCAUAAAAAGUGGAAUGAAUUGAUAAAAUAAAUAUCAAAAAUAGUGACGCAAAUUUUCCACCUUCACCUUGUUGAAAAAGAAUUUGAGAAACUAGUUUUUGCCGUUUUUUUUUCUAACAAAACAAAAAUGUCAAAUCCAUUUGGUGAUGCAUUCGACGAGAAAGAAGAAGUGAUGGAAGGUUUUUUGUGUCCGAUAUGCAAGGCCGAUUUUCGUUCACCGGACAGAUUGACCGCCCAUUUUGAUACACACUCCGAAGACGAUCAAGAUUUAUUGAAAGCUUUCAAAGAUAUUUUCAUAUCGGCAAAAAAUAAAAUAACACGAUUCGAUGAUGGAAUCUCACCAAAUAAUCAGACUGCCAGCGCAUUUCAACCGGGUAAAUUAAAUAUUCCGGCACCUGUUUAUCCACAAGAUGUUGGCGUUGAUUGCAGUCAUAUCUCAUACUUUCGUGCAAUUCGAACACCGCGUCUUGAGCGAUAUGCGACUGAAACAAAUAAACUGAUUAUUCGCCUUCAUAAGCUACUGACUGAUUUGCCAAGCGAUCAAUCACAGCGAAGAAAUCACGAGAAAAGUAUUGUCCCGUGGUUAGAUGGUGAGGCUGUUAAACUAUGUCCAAAUUGUGUAAAACGAUUUUAUUUAACGAGACGUCAACAUCAUUGCAGACUGUGUGGUUCGAUUAUGUGUCACGAUUGUUCGCUGUUUCUCGACUUGAGCGAAGCUUCUGGAAUUGUAAAUCCCUCGUUCUCACCAACCACCGCGAUGCCAGUUGACAACAAAAAACCCGACGAACCAUUUCGAAUAUGUGAGCAUUGCUUACAUCUAUUAAAUAAUCGCAAAGAGAUGCAAGACAGCCGAACGUUUCGACCGCCGGUCACGCUCUACUAUGAAAAGAUUGAACAACUAAAACGUGACAUCGCACCGGAUACAAAAAUGUACGAAAAGAUAAUCGAUCGACUGUAUGAAGGCGAUUCGAUUUACACCUUGUCCGAUGCAAGUGCCUUACGCGCCAAAAUUGGCCGAACUGCCGAAUUAAUUGACGCGUACAGUAAAUCCAUUUUAAGUUUACAAUGUGCGGCCGGAAGUAGAGAAGAAGCAUUGAAGAAAGCAAUUCGCUUAGCAUGUAUUAAGUAUAUCAAAGAUGAUUUAUUGACGCUAAGCCCAUUGCCGCUGGAGGAUGACAUCCAACGAUUGCAAGACAAACGACGAAUGGAAACUGAAAUGAAAAUUGAACGUGAACGGCGGCUGGCAAUGGAAGCCAUCGAGAGAAGUGAAUUGGUCGGUGGGACAGUGCCAGUUUUCAAGUCACAAACUGACAAAGGUGCUAGCGGGAUGGCUUUAAAAUCUCUGGACAAUUGGAGUGGAUUACAAGCGCUAGAUACAAGUAGCUCAAUGAACGAUCCUCUAGUUGAACAAAUAAAUAUUAUCAAAGGCUAUGUGAAACAAGCACGUGAAGCACUUCGAUUCGAAGAGGUUGAAACAUUGGAAUUAAAUCUACGCGAGCUUCAAGAAGAGUUUUAUAAUCGUCAAAAGGCAAAAGAUCAACACAACCAAAAUAAAUUUGAAGAGUAAACAUUUAAACCGAAUGAAAUAUUGAACAUCGACCACCAUUCAUUCCAAAUUUAUUCGUUUUUUUUUGUAAUACGCCUCUUUUUCACACAUAUUUGUAACCCAUUCACAAAAAAGUCUAUUUAAUUGCAUACAUGUAUGAUUAUAUUGAAUAAAUGUCAAAGGCAUUUAAUAUUGUAUAUGA